AGAGACUUUGUCAAUUGUUUGACCACGAGUUUUUAUUUGGAUCCACUUUCUUAGAGUUUAUUUGUAUGUUUGAAUAUAUGCAUUCGCUUACGCACCUUUUUUGUCUAGCGCUACUUCAAUAAAAACCCGGCUGCUGCGAAUCACGCUGGAAAAAGUAAACGACGCAUCUGACUACAGCCCUACAUGAUUAGAGCUCGGCCUGCUGGAAAAAUAUUUUGAGAAAGAUGAAGAUCGCGACUCUUUGAUCGUUUCGUUUCUAUUAGACUACUUACUCGGACGACGAGUACCUGGAAUAUGUAUGAUCAUGUCCAACAAAGAAAGACGGCGACACGAAGACGUCGAUGUCACGGAGGCGCUAGUUGGGAAAACCUGUCAUGUGCGAAGAUUACUCGUAGUUUUGUGCAGCAAGCGAGAUGUUGUAAAAAGAAGCACUACACGACAAACAUCGCAUGGCAAAGGAGUAGAAGAAAUUAGUUGUGACGAAAAAGUAUUAAGAUUGGGAACGUUUUAGCUUUACAAGCUGCGUUCUCUAUGGUUUUGCAUUUUUUUACGUUUAUGAUUAAGCGGGCUCUGGAAGUACAAGUAGAUGGGAAGCUUUGCAUGACAAAACGAAAAUGUACAACACGUCCAUCCAACCCGAUCUCUAAUGAAACACUUUCGCGUGAAGUAUGACACUACUACGUUUUUGCUGUCAGCGCUACACGCUAAACUUUGCGCUCGCCCUACGAAAACCGGCGCCUCUACGUGUAAGAUUAGCUUUUUUGAACAUUAGUCAUAGCAUGGCGAUCUGCAUGUUCGUGAAAAAAGACGCACGACCAUCGCCAAAAGGCAGUAAGGAUGAGAAGCGCAUGAGAAAAUGGAAAAAUCGCGUGAGAAAAUGGAAAAAUCGAAAGUGUAUAAAUUAAUUUUACUAGCCUCUUGACGCGGGCGUCCAGGACGCCCGCUGGGCUAGUAGA